CUCACGAAGCCGCGGCCCUUCUUUUUCGUCUUCUUCGGCGGCGCGUUAAGGUGCUGUGUCCUUCACCUGAAGCUAAGGCCGAGUCCCAGCCGGCGACUAGCACCGCGCACCUCCUCACCCGUCAUGGCCUCCGUUUCCGAGCUCGCUUGCAUUUACUCCGCGCUGAUCCUUCACGAUGACGAAGUCACCGUCACGGAGGAUAAGAUCAAUGCACUUAUCAAAGCAGCUGGAGUGAAUGUUGAACCUUUCUGGCCAGGCCUGUUUGCAAAGGCUUUAGCCAACAUUGACAUUGGAAGUCUCAUCUGUAAUGUUGGAGUGGGUGGUGGUGCUCCGGCUGCUGCGGCCCCCGCUGGAGGAGGAGGGGCGCCUGCAGGUGGCGCUGCUCCUGCUGAAGAAAAGAAAGAGGAAGAAAAGAAAGAAGAGUCUGAAGAAUCUGAUGACGACAUGGGCUUUGGUCUUUUUGACUAAGCUGAUUUUUGUACUCUUUUACAAUAAAGAUACAAGUACACAAGUGGAA